UGAUACAAUAGAACGCAACACGAGCACUAAACGAGAUGCAGCGAGAACUGUUAAAGGUUCACUAAUGAAAUUGGAAAAUUUUGCUUUGCAAAUCCUCAACCACCGUUAUCCAAACAAAUUUAAAUGAUAGAUAAACAAUCUCGAUUGCCGCCAAUUAAUGCCGCCGAGAGAGAAGCCUAACCUGAAAACAGUGAGAAUACUUGAGAGAGCGAACAUGCCCGCAUUUGUCAGAUCUAUUUUCACGUCCCGUGACGUGAAAAAAAUAUGCUCGGUCCACGUCCAUGAUGGCAGCACUCACAACACAAUCUGACAUUUGACAAUCAGUUUAUUUCGGAUAUUCGAAGGAGUAAAGUGGAGUAAAGUCAUGUUUGCGCAUGGUGUAACGUAACCUAAAUGUAUAACCUAAAAUGGAGCAAGCUAAGCCGUUUUUUCUAACAGUCACGCAACGUAUAUUCAGUAAUUGGACAGCGCUAAGAUUGGCAGUGGAACAUGAUAUGGGUCCGAUAGAAAGUGCAAGGGAAUUUUGUUCGAAUGUAACAGAUGUACUGUGUAUGAAUGAGGGAUUGACCAGUGAAGAGGUUGCCAAUCAUCUAGAGAGUUAUAUGGACGAUGCAUUUAACACAGAACUACAGGACGAUAGCAGUAUGCAAGUAGCGGAGGAAUUAUUAAGGUUUUAUCGAUAUUGCAUAGCAGGCGACGAAUCUACGGCAAAAACGGAAUUUGAAAAAUUACCCCAGCUACAGUCUUGGCUGAACUUGGAACAACCCGCUCGACCUACUCGGACAGUGAGACGUGAACCCAGCAGUUCAGAGGAGGAUAUGGAUGUAGAUAAGAACGAGCAGGGGGAAGAUGGAUGGACAGUAGUCACAAACAGGCGAAAUAAAUAACUUCCGAGUUCCUUUUA